AUGGAGAUAACGGAGAGCGACCCUAGGACCUUCGCCUCUGUCCUCAAGAAGGAACGUCAACCUGAUAUUGAUGUCAUUGUCAAGAACUAUCGUUGGCCAGUCCACAGUCAUAUCAUCUCCGCCCAUGGAUCCUUCGGAAAACUCUGCAACGACGCACGUGAGCGACAGAAUGGCGAGCGACGCGAAGUGCAUCUCGACGACGAGCCAGUCAUAAUCGCACACUUGGUCCGCUGGUGGUACAUCAAAGAAUACGACGACGCAAUAAUUUCAGCCGAAAUGACCGGCCUUGCCAUACGAAGUCUUCUCAAGCAUGGCAAGGUCUGUUCGUCUGUUCUCUCAGAACGAGACGACUCAGACCCUGAACCAGGACUUGAUAAUGCUCAGGAGGACGCUGAUUGGGAGGAUCUUCCUCCAAUAUCACUGCACGCGAAGAUGUAUCUCAUUGCGCGAAAGUACGGAAUCACUGAGCUGAGCGAGAAAGCAGUGUAUGAGAUCACUGAAACCCUGGGCUUCGAGAAAGAAGCAUUGCUGCCAUGCUUGGCUCACUUCUUUGCCACUAAUUCUCCAGAAUUUGGUUCUACGGACAGCAAUGACGGCAGCAAUCCGACCGAUGACAAUGUUAAUGGCACCACCACUGCCACGACCCGCAACAAAUCCCCGGCAGAAUACAUGAUUUCGGAACAGCAAGACCCAGAAUUGUGGAAAGUUCUCGCCAAAACCACAGGCCAGCACGCCUUCACAGUUCACACUGACCCAUUCUUCCGACAAAUCAUGACGUGCAACCCGCUCUUCCAUUGGGCUGUGACGUGCAGGGUGAUCACCACGUUGGACGAGGUUUGUAAGAAAUUGGAGAAUACUCCUGUUGAACCGGCGAAGGUGCCGAAGAAGAGAGGAAGGAAGAAGCAGGAGGAUAAGGAAGGAUCAGGGUCUGUCGAUGACAACAACAAGAAGAAAAGAAAGAAGAUAGAAGAAGGCGCUGUGCAUGCUCCGAAGAAGACCAAGAAGGAGCCACAAACGGAGAGAGGAAGUGAGACGGGCCUUUGA